AUGUCUGAUGGCUUACAUCUGGAUGUGAAUAAUAGCCAUCCAUCGUACUCAGGUACGCGCCACCGGGACCUGUACGACCUGGAUUCUGCAUCUUUCGAGAGGUUGAUAGCUCUCAUCCUCGAUGAGCCCUGCUCCUCCACUCUAGGGGCCACAUUCCAGGGCCUAUGGAUUCGCAACCACAUAGCUCGGGCCAAAUCCCGGAGCCUUAUCCCAGCAUUCCGGACGUAUUCUCGCUCCCGCUCCAACACGCUGCGCUGUUGUUGCGGGCGAGAAGACUGUGCUCUGCUCGAGCAUAAUCAUGUAGCCCUCGAGGGGCUGGAGAAGGACCUCGAGACGGCAGCUAAAUUAGGCCAGCGCGAAAAGCGCCAAGUGCAAGCAGAAAACGCGCGUAUCGUGGAAGAGAACCGUGAUCUGCUGGAACAACUUGACAAUUUGAACAAUGCUGUCUUGGAGUCCGACGAGCAUGUUCAGUCCCUGACUCUUACGCUUGAGAGCACCGAAGCCGAAUUACGAAGGCUCACUGUUGCUGCAGCGCGCGCAGCUGAGCUCGAGGCCCAGCUUGCGCUGAUGGAGACCGAACAGUCGAGGCUCCAUGAAACCAUCUCUUCCGUCAAGGCAGAUGAGCGUUCUGCUGUGCAGCGCUGGCGCAAUGCGGAGAGUACUCUGCGUGGUCUACACGACCAGGUCGAGCGAAUUGAGAAGGAAGCGCGUGAAGAGCGCGAGAGACAUGAGGAGCUGAUUCAGCGGAUGGAGCGUAAGCGAACGGUGGAGCGAGAGCUGGAUAAUGCGGCGGGCCGCUUGAAGGGGGCCGCAGCUGCGUCUGAACUUGGCCGUAACUCUGGAACACAUGUGGUUUCCAGGUUCGUGAAGGAUAUCUUGCAGGAUAAUGCGAACCUGCAAGUUGGGAUCAUGGAACUCCGGGAAAUGCUCGAUAGUUCCAAUCAGGAGGUGCAAAACCUCCGAGAUCAGGUCUUGUGUCAUCAACCGCUGGCCGGCGAUGAAGGCGAUGCUGAGGUCACUCCAACUGCUACUCUCAGCGAAGAAUUGGAAAAAGGGUGCGAUCAAUCGACGAGCCAAGAAGAAGCGCCCUAUUCUGGGAAGCCCUAUUCCAUGCAUUCUGCUGUGGGAACACAAUCACCCCGCAGGUCAAUUCAUCGCUCCCAGUCUUCUGGCUCGUCUAUGAACACCGUUCUCUCGCAAACUUCUGUCUCUAUUCCUCCCGCAUCGUCUCGCAGGUGGUCCCUUCAGUCACCAGCAUUAGACUCGUUGGCCAGCUCCCCGCAGUCGGCCUUCCGCACAUCCUCGAUAUUUGACCGCGUGGAUCGUGGAUCAGACGAUUACUCUCAACCGACAAGUCCCGACAGUACGGUCUUCUCGUCCCCGCUCAUUAGUGCUCGUAAUGUGAAAGGCUUAGAUCUGCCUAUCAGGCCUAUGGGCAACCUUGAUAAUGACUCAGCCCAGCUGGAAAAUUCGACCGAUCUCUUCAAUGAUUACCUCUACGAUCGGCCCACAAUCCUUGACUACCACGACAAACAGCCCGCCAUCCCAGAAGAGUCGGAGCCAUCUGGAUCUGGGCCCGACAAAAAUCAGUCUUUCACUGGUGACCCGUCCUCAGCGCCUGGAGAUGACAUCUUCGAUCUGCAUAUGCAGUACACCCCUUUACGCAAGUCAGCUUCCCAUGAGAGUCUUCUUUCAAUAGCCGGCAUGGACAUCCAUACAUCGACAGACCGCGAAGCUCGUAUGGGCAUAUGGCACCCCGGAAUGCGCAUUCCGCGUCGUUUGGUAUCGCCGAGCGUGGAAUUGUCGUCAACACCGCCUAUCAUAUCAACUGCCAAUAUUGUUGCGGACCGUGCCCGAGCUUCCGAUAAGUCAUCUCGAGCUCUUUUGGCCUCCAUGGCUGCAAGUAGUAUCCCCUCGGACUCUGCGUCAGUAGUGUCUGUCGACAGCAACAGCACCAGUUCUACGACCACUCCCGGGCCCCGCAAGUCAUCUGCACUGACACGUCGUGUAGGUGGCUGGGUGCGCGGCAGAUGGGGCAUGGCCCCUGUCUCCGAGAAUUGUGAUUGCCCCGGUGAUGGAAACCAGGCUACCACAAAGCCAGCAUCCGCGGACCCUCCACAGGGGGAGCCAUCGCCGGCUACUGUGACAACUCGCCGGAAAACAUCGGACGAGCCGCCGCCGCUCCGAUUCAGAGUUACAGGCGUGAACCAGAAAGGUCCAAUCAUGGGAUUUCUCCCUCCCCGCCCUGCUCCGGUCUCUGUACAGGUCCAAGGAAUCGAUGAGAAUCUGCUGCGCGAAAGUCUUGCAGAAGAAGCCCAUCGGUGA